AGAACUGCACUGCUAGACAUCACUUACUUCACUCUAGUCUAACUCGAGAACGACUGAGUGGUUAGAUCAUUCGACGGUAGCUCUCUCCUGCCGCUGUGACGCGCUUGUAGCUGUCACCGUGGCAACCCUCUCGCCUUUGAGGCGUUUGUUCGCCCCGCUGGCGUUUUCACCACCCUGGAUCGACCGCAAGAUCAUUCUUCCGUCCACCGUGACGCGCGCUCUCCUCUCUCUGCUCUCUCCGUUCUCCCUGUUGUCUCUGCUAUCUCUUCUCGCUCUGCACGAUGCUAAGCACAUCCGCGUUACAUCCUCGCUGCAUUAAUCCAGGCUUGAAAACACAAGCCGCCGUGCCACCACACCACCCACCAACACCGCGGGCUUUAAGCUUGCCUCCUUCACCCUCCUCCGAUCGCCUGUUUUAUCCGCGCGUUCAUCACAUCCCAUCACCCUCGCUUCUCUCGACGUGCGCGCAUCGCGGCUUCAUCGUCACCAAUCAACUCCUGCCACGCGGCGGCCGAUCAGGCCCCUCCCGCCACACCCCCGCGCUGCCCCCGUACGCGAUCGCACCUUUCCGCAAAUCGCAUACGACUAAGAAGUCCGCCGGGGAAGCCCCGCAGGUCACGCCGUCCAGCCCGCGUUCCGCGCCCCGCCACUCGAGGUCCGUGUCGCCGCCUGUGGCGGAACAACACACAAGUACAACUUGGCAAGAGCGCCCCGCCGAUUUCGCCGCCGACUUUGCCGCUGACUCCGCCGACGCGUCUCGUCUGCACGAUGGUCUGAGCGAGCCGCCUACGACCCGCACUGGGACGCCAGGCCUACCUCGACCAGGGGAGUCAAACCCUUCAUCGUCGUACUCCAAGCGGCCUGCUGAGGCGUCGUCAGCAUCGUCGCCGUCGUCGUCGCCGUCGUCAUGGCUCUCCAACGUGUCGCUCUCUCUGCCGGUGAAGUCCCUCCCCGCGAUCGUCGGAGACGCGGGCAUCGUGGCGUUUCUCCUGGGAAAAGACGGCGAUACCACCGGUGAUUAUUGCGCUCCUGGCGACGAGCACCACGAGGAUUUCGAGGGUGCGCUGGGCAUGAGCGCGACUCCGGCAACAAGCUCAGCGGGCUCAGCGGGGUGGCCAGCAUCGGGCGGCGGAGGCGGCGGAGGCGGCGGGGCGAUCCACGCGGUGGGCGCGGUGGUGAGCGCCGCCAAGGACGAGGUGCAGGAGCGGGUGCGCGCGCUGCUGCUGUCGCGCGCAGGAGAUGACGGCACGCGGAAAGAUGUCAUGGCCGCGGACGACUUUAGUACCAUCCGACAUCAUCCGCGAGACGAACCGGGGCCGCUUUCGAUGCCAGUAAUGGCCGCUGGGUCCCUCACUACCAUGGAACCGCUGCCCGAGGGAGAGGCGGAAGGCGCACCGCGGGAGUGGCGGGAGGAAGAGGGCGCAGAUGAGGCGGAGGCGGAGGCGGAGGCGGAGGGCGAGUGGGGCCCGCGCGUGUACAUGCGCGGAUUCAUGUCUUUGUGGCGCGGGAUGCGGGGAGAGCUGAAGCAAGACGCGCGGGAGAGGGAGAAGCGGAGAGAAGGGGAGGCGGAAGCGCGGAAUGAGGGGAAUAGUAAUGCAGAGGCGGCGGAGAAGGGAAAGGAAGGGGAGGAGAAGGUAGCGGAAGUGAAUGAUGACUUCCCCCCCUUAUUGGAGGCAGUGGCAGAUAUGGCGGAAUCAGUCACAGUAGAAACGGGGGUUGAGGGUGCGGCAGAGGCGGCAGUAUGGUUGGAGGAAGUAGACGAGGAGGAAGGGGCGGUCUUCGAAAGCGACCAAGGGGGUGAAGGAGAGGGACGAGGCGAAGGGAGGAGGGGCGAAGUGGAGAGCGGAGAGGAGAAGAAGAAGCCUGCACGCGCCAGUGCAUGGGCGCUGGGCGUGCUGAUCGACUGGCGGCGGCAGCAGAAGCAGGAGGAGCAGGCGCAGCCGCAGAAGCAAGGCAGCGGCAAAGCAGGGGGCGAAGAGGGAGCUACUAACGCCGAAACAACCUCAGGCAAGGAUCAGCAGCAGCAGCAGCAGCAGCUGAAGGUGGAGGAGAGAAAGCAGGGAGUGCGUGACCCAAGCAGCGAGGAUGAGACCGCCUUGGGCUCAGGCAGAGGAGCGAAGGAAGCCGGGGGCAAGCAAGCGUCAAGGAAGGCUGUCUCGUGUGACACCUGCAGCUCGUGCAAGGCGUUUGCUGCCACUGCUUCUGCGGCUGGUGGUGCCAGCGAGAUGAAGGCAGGGGGGGCGGAAUCAGAAGCAGCAGCAUCAGGCAAGGGCCGGAGCGGCAGCGGUAACAGCAGCAGCAGCAGCAGCAGCAGCAACUCGCGUGGAGCGUGGGUGUCCCAUACGGCUGAGUCGCUGCGGCCAUUCCUGCAGCAGGCGUCGGGCGAGGAGCUGUGGCGCGUGUCGCUGCUCGCGUGGCUGUGCGAGAAGGCCUACAGCAUCCCCCGCCUCGAGGUGCAUGCCCGGCCGCGCUGCCCGGUCUGCCUUUUCUUUUAUUUUCUUCUCUUUUCUUUUAUGCGUGUGAAGGCUUUCGUUGUUGGUUUGUACGCGUCUCUGCCUCUUUCUACACCACUCCACGCGCCUUUCUGUCUCCUAUGCUGCUGUCUUCCAUUCUUUUUUGUUUCUUGCCCUUUUUUUAAUGCCCUUCCUCCCUCUGCUGAAAUCCCCCCCCUGUCCCUUGCUCCCCUUGCUCCCCUUGCCCCCUCCAGACCAAGCACCUGCAUCGUCGCUUUGGCCUCUCCCUCGUCACCUCCUCGCACAUCCUCGCCGCCGCUCAGGCAGAAGCCGCAGCUGAAGCAGCCGCCGCUGCUGCCGCCGCUGCCAGCCUCGCCAAGCAGAAAGCCAAGGCCGCCAGAGCAGCCGCAGCCGCAGCAUCAACAACAGCAGCAGCAGCAGCCACUGCAAGCGCAUCUCACCCCAUGGCUGCGCUCCCUGCAGGGCCGUCUACCGAGCAUGCGCUUCUCCCCGCUCCUGCCGUCCACGCUGCUUUGCCCGCCCCUCAUGACUCCCCCGCUCCCUCAGCGCCAGCGCCAGCGCCAGCGCCAUCACCAUCACUGCCUGCAGCUGGUGCUCUUGAGGUCACUGCGCUGGUGGCCUCUCCUGUGCCUACCUCCACUGCCCUCGCUGGCGUUCCCCACACCACCACCACCCCCGCUGCACCAACUGCUGGCUCUGUCGGUGCUCAUACUGUUUCGGCUGCUGUAUCUCCGCCACUCCACUCUGCCCCUGCCCCUGCAGCUGCCGCUGCUGCUGCUGCUGCCACCGCUACGGGGUCUGAAGCGUCCUCUCCUGCAUCUUCUGCCUCGUUGUCCUCACCUCCUACUGCACCCCAUUCCCACCCCAUCUCUCUGCACGCCACUGCUGAGGCCCUCGCCUCUGCUGCCUUUGCUGCCUCUGCGGCCUCUGCAGCCUCUGCGGCCUCUGCGGCCUCUGCGGCUUCUCCUGCAACUGCCGCUGCCACGCCUGAUGCUGCGAGUUCUGCUUGUCCUGACACCGAAGGAGGAGCAGCAGGCCCCGCCGUUGCAGCACCUGCUGCUACAGGCGCAGCAGCAGCGGCAGUGGCAGGAGGCAAGACCACUAGUGCAGCGAGCGGGGAGGCGGCGGCGGCGGCGGCGGCGGCGGCAGGGGAGGGCGGGCAAAGCCCGUGCGCGUGGUACAUAUGCGAUGACGAGGCGACCAACACGCGGUACAUUGUCAUCCAGGGGUCAGAGUCCGUGGCUUCCUGGCAGGCUAACCUGAGCUUCGACCCUGUGCCGUUUGAAGACCCCGCGCUGGGCGUGCUGGUGCACCGAGGGAUAUACACGGCGGCUAAGGCGCUGUAUCGGGAGAUGCUGCCUUACAUCCGCUCGCACCUCCAUGGCUGCCAGUCCUCUCACCACUCCCACACACACUCUCACUCCCACUCUGACACCCACUCCCACACACACUCACACUCACACUCAAACCCAUCCCUGCCGCCACUCCCCCGGAUCCAGUUCACCGGCCACUCCCUGGGCGGCAGUCUCGCCGCCCUCCUCUCCCUCCUGCUGCACCUGCGCGGGGAAGCCUCCCCCCACCACCUCCUCCCCGUCGCCCUCUUCGGUUCCCCCUCCAUAAUGUGUGGUGGAGACCGGUUACUAGGUCUUCUCGGCCUCCAGCCAGAAGAGGCCAUGUGGAAUGUGGUUAUGGCGCGGGACUUAGUCCCCCGGGCGUUUACAUGCGAAUAUCCCACGCAUAUCACAGAGGUGCUGAGGCGGGUGAGUGGGGCACUAAGGAAGCACCCGUGUCUGUUGUCUCAAAGGCUGGUGUAUGCGCCCAUGGGGCAUAUGAUGGUGCUGCAGCCGGAGGACAGCAAGGCCCCUCCGCACCCCCUCCUACCGCCUGGCACCGCUCUGUACCACCUGGCGCACCCGGAGAUGCCCGUACGAGUGCCGAACCCGCUGCCCUGGCACACUGUGGCUCUGGCCAGGCGCCUGUGGCGGCUGGUGGUGGGCCGAGGAGGAGCAGCAGGAGGAGCAGGAGAGGGAGGAGGGGAAGACAGGGGCUGGAGCGAGGAGAAAAGCAAGCAGGACUUAUGGUCAGCACCAGCAUCAGCACCGGCAUCGGCACCGGCAUCGGCAUCGGCAUCGGCACCGGCAUCGGCAUCGGCACCGGCAUCGGCAUCGGCACCGGCAUCGGCCCUGUCCUCCCCUCUUUCCACCACCCCUUCAUCCUCCUC